GCUGCCGCUGCCGCUCCCGCCGUGCUGCCGCUGGAGCCGCGGGCCCGCCCGGCUGUGCCGGCGCCGGGCGGGAGGAUGCGGCGCUUGGCGCGGGUGGCGCUGCUCUGCCUGGGCUGCGCCGUCUGCUCGCUGCUCUACGGCCUCAGCCAGCUGGCCCUGUCCCUGGAGCAGGAGCCUGGCAGCGGCCGCGAGAGGCAGGCCCGAGACCCCGCCACGCCCGGCGCCCGGCGGCCGGCAGGGAGCGCGGGCCGAGGCGAGGCGGAGGCCGGCAGGUGUAAGAAUUUGUCUGUAUCUUUCUGGAAUUCCUAUUGGAUGCUGCCCUCUGAUGUUUGUGGAAUGAACUGCUUUUGGGAAGCUGCUUUUAGAUAUGAUUAUAUGAAAACACAUCCUUCUGAGAAAAUGCAUCUAGCAGUGGUGGCCUGUGGUGAAAGACUGGAGGAGACUGUUACUAUGUUGAGAUCAGCCAUUAUUUUCAGCAUCAAACCUCUCCAUUUUCAUAUUUUUGCUGAGGACCAGUUGCAUGAGAGUUUCAAAGACAUACUUGAAGAAUUUCCCUAUGAAGGAAAAGUUAAUUACACAUUAUAUCCAAUAACAUUUCCAUCUGAGAGUGCAGCAGAAUGGAAGAAAUUAUUUAAACCAUGUGCUUCACAAAGACUAUUUUUGCCAUUAAUCCUCAAAAAUGUGGAUUCACUACUGUAUGUUGAUACCGACAUCUUGUUUUUGAGGCCUGUUGAUGAUAUUUGGUCUUUUCUGGGAAAGUUCAACUCCACACAAAUUGCUGCAAUGGCACCAGAACAUGAAGAGCCUCGUAUUGGGUGGUAUAAUCGAUUUGCUAGACAUCCCUAUUAUGGAGUAACUGGAAUUAAUUCUGGAGUCAUGCUAAUGAAUAUGACACGUAUCAGAAGGAAAUAUUUCAAGAAUGAUAUGACACCAGUCCGGUUACAAUGGGGAGAAAUUCUGAUGCCACUACUGAAGAAAUACAAGCUGAACAUAACAUGGGGUGAUCAGGAUCUAUUGAACAUUAUGUUUUUUCACAAUCCAGAAAGUCUUUAUGUCUUUCCUUGCCAAUGGAAUUACCGGCCUGACCACUGUAUCUAUGGAAGCAAUUGUAAGGCAGCUGAAGAAGAAGGUAUAUUUAUUCUUCAUGGAAAUAGAGGUGUUUACCACGAUGAUAAACAACCAACUUUUAGAGCUGUCUAUGAAGCGAUAAAAAAUUAUUCAUUUGGAGAUGACCUGGUUCAUUCGCUGCUGCAGCCCCUAGAACGGGAAUUACAGAAAACCACGCACACAUACUGUGGAAGAGUAUACAAAGUAUUCAUAAAGCAGCUAACAAAAAGCAUAAGAGACUUGUAUGCCAGAAGAUCAAAGGGAAGGUGAUUUUUGACACCUAGCUAUUACAUCAAGAGACUGAAUUAACAUAGCUGGUCAAAAGGUGCAAGAAUUCUAUUACAGCUUGAAUGGGCUUUUAAUGUGCCCAGAAAAAAAGUUUACUAGCAUACAUAAAAAUGAAGUAAAUAUUCAUGUAAUGAAGAGCAAGAACUUUUUUCUGCAAUGGUGACUUUCUGGUUUUUUGAAGUUUAAUCAGUGCUAAUGUUUGUCUCAUAUCUGAUGAUUUGGGUGUUACUGGCUUCUAUGGUCAGUAAUUUUAGUCUGCAUAAUUCAGUUAUCUAAUGAUAAAUGAACAAGGAAGAAAUGAAGAUGGCUCUGUUUGGGAGUGUACCUCAUAUAUUGUCUAAAAUUCUAUUAAACUGUGAAUGUAGCAAUAACUGAGUCAGCAGCACUAACCUCACUUUAAAGGUGUGAGCCUUUAUGUAAACAAAGUUGUUUACAAGUGCAGAAAAUACUCUCUUGUCAAAGAAAUGUGUUUUAAUCAUUGACAAUCUGUAUGUGCCUUUAUAUGUUCAUCUCUUACAUGUUGAAGUACUGUUUUGACAAUCUUGUUUCGUUUAUCUCAGAUGUAAACUGCACACUAUAAAUAUGAUUUUCUGAGAAAUUAAUGACUAGUAUGUGAUACUAGCUUUCUCUGUUAGUAAAUACAGAGACUUUAUAUUAAAAAUAAUUUGUUUCAACAUUGUAGAGCCAUUAGCACCAAAAGGUAGAGCAGAACUGAGGGUGUUUUAAGUAAAAAUCCAGUUUGAAGUUGCUUGUCUUACAACACUUUAAAAAAUUCAUGGUUUUGCAGCUUUAUAGUAUAGGGCAUUUUGAAAAUAGAAAAAAAGCCCAGUGGUGGAAAGGUGUUGCUGUUGUAUUUCCAUACUAGGAAUUAUUACCUGAUGAUUGUUAGAGAGUGUGUAGUACCUAAAAGUGAAGACUGUAGUAAGAGUUCUGAUAUUCAGACUGUGUAGUAGGUGGGGUUUUUUUUAGAGAAUAUUUCCUGUUAUAAUACCUUUUUUUAAUAAAUGGCUUUAAAAUAGUUUUGGGGUAGACCCUCAACUACAUGAAUGCAUUACUGUCGAUAGGGUGAUAUUGAUUUGUAACAGGAAAGGAUUAGAUUUCCUCCAAUUAUCUUAAUGAAAAAAAGAAAAGCUUCUGUUUAAGUAAUAAAAACUUUUUCUCCAGAGGAAACCAUGAAGAAAAGGGCUGAAUUCUAGUGUUACAGUAAAAUAUUUAAACUUGCAUGGUAUGAAAUGUAUUUGUAAAGCAUAUAUGAACUUAGAUAACCUGUCUAAGUGAGAUGAAGUCUUCAUAAAGUGAGCUUUUGGAUUCCAGGACAGUUCCUGUGUGGUGAACAUGGAGAAUCCACUCACUGACUUGCACCUUCAUCCCAACCCCAUUUUAAAAGCUUAAUUUUUGUACCUGUUUCCUUGUCAAAUAUAGACUGGCUUUGACUUCCAGAUCCACGUGAGCUGGACAAAUGCUUUAGCAGUACAAGAACACACUCCACUGUCAGCAGAGUUUGUAUCCUGCUUCUAAUUUCCCUGCAGGCUCAGGGUAUAAAUUUUUGGGAUGGAAUCUAGGAAGCAGUCUGCCUCUCAUGUAGAUCUCUUCUCCUUGCUGUGUAACCUUUUGAAGCCUGAAAAUGUAGAAAUCUCUGUGAAGGUGAAUACUGUAACUGACUGAUUUUACAAUAUGCAGUGCAUUAUUUUUUUACAUAAAUACUGAUUUUUGUAUCAAUUUGUCUUCAGCUUUUCUUUUUACUUGUACUAUGUGUUUGUAUUUAAAAAAAUCUUUCGAGUUGUUUUUGUGUUUGUCUUUGUAGAAACUUUCAGCUUUGAAUUUGUUUUUAGUGUGUUGUAGACAUGUCAAGAUACUCUUAAAACCCAAUGGACCAUUUAAGAAAAAAAUGUGGACCUUAGCAGCAAUCUUUCCACUUAAAUUUCAAAUUUUAUGGGGGAGUAGAGCAAGAAGAAUUAAUAUUGAUGCUUAUUUUAGCACAAAAACUCUUUCUUUGAAUUAAUUCUUUCUAGCUUAUAACUAGAAAUGUUUACUUAGCAUAUUACAAAUAGCAGAAUAUGGCCUUAUGCCAUAGGUUUAGAUUAAUUUUUUGAAUAGAAAUGAAAACUGCUUAUCUCCAUUCACCUCCAGGUAACACUCAUGAACACUUUAGAAAAAGCAAGAGGCUUGUGUUAAGUAAUUGUGCAGUAUUUGUCUGUUUCAAAUACAUUUUUAGUUCUCUAUUCCCUAUGUUUUAAAUUUAGGAAAACAACCUCCCUUUACAAACAAAAACCCGGAUCUGGUAUGUAAGGGAAACAUUUAGAGACACUAAAAAGACUGGAAAUCCAGAUAACAUGAGAGAAACCAGUUAUGCUCCCAAACAUUUGGGUACCUGAUUUGUAAGGUUAGAUGCUUAGAAGUGUAGAGCUUACAUCUAGCUUGGGAAUUCUUAUUGUUCUCUAGUUUUACAAACAUUGCUUUUUCUACAAACACAGUGAGUACUAACAAAUUACAGACUGUUAGGAAUCAAAUUUUUAAUGAUUUAUUUGUUAUAAAGUUAUUAUAAAAUGUAAAGUUUGAUAGAAAAAUGCAAACAUUGGGAAAUGUACAUUCAGUUUGAAGAUAAA